AUGGCGAGCGUUGGUAGCGACCCGAACGCUCAGGGAGACGAGUUUUAUCACCGUUUCCGUUUCGCUGAACUCCUGCAGGACUCGUCUGUUGUACCUGAAGAUAACUGCAACGGUCCUCUGGUGUCGGCGCUGCCCCACUCGUCCUUCCAGAGCUCGUCCCAGUCGUCGGUCGGUUACGCUGCUCACAACGCUAAGCUCAACAGACGAGACGGAGCCGGCGGCUGGUCUCCCAUGGUGACGGACCAGGAGCCCUGGCUCCAGGUGGACCUCAGGGAGCAGAUGGAGGUGACGGCGGUGGCCACGCAGGGCCGCCACGACAGCUGGGACUGGGUCAGCAGCUACCUGCUGCUCUACAGCGACACGGGCCGGGCCUGGAAGCAGUACCGGCAGGAGGACGGCGUCGGGAGGAUUGUGGGUAACGUGAACUCGGAGGCGGUGGUCCAGAACAAGCUGACCCACCCGGUCCGGACUCGCUUCCUGCGCUUCGUGCCCCUGGACUGGAACCCCAGCGGCUGGAUGGGCCUCCGGGUGGAGGUGUACGGAUGCUCCUACAAGUCGUACGUGGCCGACUUCGACGGCCGCAGCUCGCUGCUGUACCGAUUCAACCAGAAGUCCAUGUCGACGGUGAAGGACGUGAUCUCGCUGCGCUUCAAGAGCCACCAGACGGAGGGCGUCCUGCUGCACGGGGAGGGCCAGCGGGGCGACUACAUCACCCUGGAGCUCCACCGAGGACGCCUGGACUUCUACCUGAACCUAGGUGAACCCGCCCGUCUGCUGUUCUGCUUCCUGUCUGUCCCCCUCUGUGUCCAGCUGAGCUUCGGCGGGAUCCCUCUGCCCGGAAAGCCCGGCACCUUCCUGAGGAAGAACUUCCACGGCUGCAUGGAGAACCUCUACUACAACGGCAUCAACAUCGUGGACCUGGCCAAGAGGCGCAAGCCGCAGAUCCACAGCGUGGGCAACGUGACCUUCUCGUGUUCGCCGCCCCAGCUGGUGGCCUGCACCUUCCUGAGCUCCAGCAGCAGCUUCCUGUCGCUGCCGUCAGCGCCGCCGCCGCCGCUGCCGGCCUCGGGGGGCUUCGCCGUCCGCUUCCAGUUCCGGACGUGGAACCCGGACGGCUUGCUGCUCUCGGCGCAGCUCAACCCGAGUCCCCAGAAGCUGGAGCUGCAGAUCAGCAGCGGCUGGCUGCGCCUGAGCCUCCACGGGUCUGGACGCCAGAAGUCGGAGGCGUCGGCCGGUCACCGAGUCAGCGACGGACUGUGGCACUCGGUGAGACUCGACACCAGGAACCUUCACAUCUCGCUGACGGUGGACGGAGAGCCUUCGUCCACCAUCGAGCUCUGGGAUCAGGUGGAGUCCAGAGGAAACUUCUACUUGGGAGGCUGCCCCACCAUGGACUGCCACGCCCAGACGCCAGCCUUCCAGGGGUGCAUGCAGCUCGUCUUCAUCAACGGCCAGCCGGUGAACCUCAGCCACGUGCAGCAGGGGCUGCUGGGAAACUACAACGAGCUGCAGUUCGACACGUGCAGCAUAAAGGACAGCUGCAGAAGGACGCGUCGCUGCGACCUGUUGGCAGAACCGGAUCGUAAAUACGUGAGCAGCAGCAGCAGCAGCAGCUUCACGGCCGAGCUGACCGUUAAAGACCGUCAGAGGUCGUCUGAAGCCAUCUACGAGUCGUCCUGCGAGGCCUACAAGCUGAGUGGCAGCUCCUCGGGCUUCUACUUCAUCGACCCGGACGGCAGCGGUCCCCUGGGCCCGGCGCAGGUGUACUGCAACAUGACAGAGAAGAAGGUUUGGACGGUUCUGUCCCACAACAGUUCUGCCCCGGUCACCGUCCAGAGCUCCUCCCUGCAGAAACCUCACGUCAUGAAGCUGAACUACAGCGCCUCGGCCGAGCAGCUGCGAGCCAUCGUGUCCGGGUCGGAACAGUGCCAGCAGGAAGUGGUGUACAGCUGCAGGAAGUCCCGGCUCUUCAACACGAGAGAUGGCAGCCCGCUGUCCUGGUGGCUCGACCGCGAAGGGGAAAGGAGGAGCUACUGGGGAGGCUUCCUGCCCGGAGUGCAGCAGUGCUCCUGCAGCCUGGAGGAAAACUGCGUCGACAUGAACUACUUCUGCAACUGUGACGCCGAUACAGACUCGUGGACCAACGACACCGGCGUCCUCUCCUACAAGGACCACCUCCCCGUGAGCCAGGUCGUGGUGGGAGACACCAACCGGACCGGCUCCAUGGCCGUCUACCACGUGGGGCCUCUGCGUUGUUAUGGAGACAAGUCCAUCUGGAACGCCGCCUCCUUCUACCAGGAGGCGUCCUACCUCUACUUCCCCACGCUGCAGGCCGAGCUCGCCUCCGACAUCUCCUUCUACUUCAAGACCAGCGCCCCGUCGGGAGUCUUCCUGGAGAACCAGGGCCUCAAGGACUUCAUCCGAGUGGAGCUGAGCGCUCCCUCGGCGGUGACGUUCUCCUUUGAUGUGGGGAACGGGCCGGCGGUUCUGUCCGUCAAGUCCCACCUCCCGCUCAACGACAGGCAGUGGCACUACGUGAGGGCAGAGCGCAACGUGAAGGAGGCGUCGCUGCAGGUCGACCAGCUGCCCCUGCGCUUCCUCCAGGCUCCGGCUGACGGACACCUCCGCUUACGGCUCAGCAGCCAGCUGUUCGUCGGGGGGACGGCGUCCCAGCAGCGGGGCUUCCUGGGCUGCAUCCGCUCCCUGACGGUGAACGGCGCCGUUCUGGACCUGGAGGAGCGGGCCCGGAUGACGCCCGGCGUCAGCUCGGGCUGCCCCGGAUACUGCAGCGGCUCCAGCAGCCUCUGCCACAACCGAGGACGCUGCGUGGAGAAGAGCAACGGAUACAUCUGUGACUGCUCGCAGCUUUUCCUCUCUCCGUGUGUUGCAGAGGUGUCGGUGUCCUUCGACCGGGAGUCCUCGGUGACCUACACCUUCCAGGAGCCCUUCUCGGUGAUGCAGAACAGAAGCUCGCAGGCCUCCAGCGUCUCCACCGACAGCCGGGCCAGAGAGGACGUGGCCUUCAGCUUCGUCACCUCCCAGCGGCCGGCCAUGCUGCUGACCGUCAGCACCUUCAGCCAGCAGUACAUCGCCGUCAUCCUCGCCAGGAACGGGAGCCUCCAGAUCUGGUAUCACCUGCAGACAGACAGGAGUCCGGAUGUGUUUAGCCCCGCCCUCGGCAACCUGGCGGACGGACGUCUUCAUCGAAUCAGAAUCCACCGAGUCGGGAAGAACCUCUACAUCCAGAUCGACCAGGACAUCCACAGAAAGUACACACUGUCAUCCGAUGCAGAGCUGAUCCUAAUCAGAUCCCUGACGCUCGGCAAGGUCACCAGGAUGGAGAACCUGAACGAGGAGGUGGUGCAGGCAGCCGCCAAGGGCUUCGUCGGCUGCCUGUCGUCGGUGCAGUUCAACCACGUGGCCCCUCUGAAGGCGGCGCUGACCAACCGGGGCAGUUCUUUGAUCACCAUCAGGGGCCCGCUGGUCCAGUCCAACUGCGGCGCUCUGGCCGAGUCCACGUCGCACACGCUGCAAGAUCAGGCCGUGACGGCGAACAAAGACAAGGAGCAGCGUGGCGGCGAUGGCGGCGGCGGCGGCGGCGGCGGCACCCAGAAGGAUUUGGCUGUAAUAGCAGGUGUGGUCACGGCGGUCGUCUUCAUCGCCGUCUGCGCUCUGGCCGUCAUCAGCCGCCUGCUCUACCAGCAGCGCCGGGCCCAGCGAGGCGGCGCCGGAGGCGGCGGCGGCGGCGGCGGCGUGAAGGACGAGCACAGACACAGCAUGUACACGGACUACAGGACUGAGCUGCACCUCCACAACUCGGUCAGGGACAACGUCAAGGAGUACUACAUCUGA